AUGGAUGAUGAAGAGGCAGACCUUCGUGAACAGAUAUUCCACAACAACGUUAGGGAGCAAAUUAUUUUUCUAUUAUUAUUCAUUAUAUUGUAUCUCGUAUCCUUCAUGUUAAUCGAAAAAUUCCGUCGUCGGGAUAGUGAAGACUAUUUCACGGGUGAUGAAGAUGAAGUUAAAGUAUACCGGAUAAGUCUCUGGUUGUGCACAUUUGCACUGGCAGUGUCACUGGGCUCUGCGCUCCUUUUGCCUGUAUCCAUAGUCAGCAAUGAAGUGCUUAUACUGUACCCAAACAGUUACUACGUAAAAUGGUUAAAUAGCUCUCUAAUACAGGGACUGUGGAGUCAUGUGUUCCUGUUUUCCAAUCUCUCCAUGUUUGUGUUCUUACCGUUUGCCUAUCUGUUUUCGGAGUCUUCUGGAUUCCCUGGCUGUAGAGGGCUUCGAGGAAGAGUAUACGAAACGUUCAUAGUUCUCGCCUUACUAGGGGUUGCAAUGCUGGGCCUUGCCUACGUAAUAUCUGCUUGGCUGGAAGGCGAUCGAUCCAGUAUCGAUGCAUUGCUUAGUCUAUGGACGUACCUUCCAUUCCUCUAUUCUUGUGUGUCGUUCGUCGGCGUCCUAAUGUUACUUGGUGAGUCAACUUCCUAUAAUAUUAUCAGUAAAUCAAAGUAUUACUAUGUAAUUGCUUUAAAUGGCGUCUAUAUUAAGUGA